AUGUGGCAAGUUGUAAAGAAAGAGACCCAAUCUGACAAAAACAGAGUUAAUAAUAUUGUAUUGAAGACUGAUUUGGAAAACAUUAAUAACCCAGAGGAAGUAGCUAAUAUGUUUAGUAACUAUUUUAUAAAUGUAACAGAGAAAUUACUACAACAGACCUCCAACAGAAAACAGCAUACAGAAACAGGGGAAAAAGUCUCAAGCAAAACAAUGCUUCUGUACUCAACAAAUGUAGAAGUACAGGUUACAAUACAAAGUCUCAAAAUGAAAUACUCUGCAGGCAUAGAUGAUAUACCCGAUUUCAUUAUAAAGAAAUGUGGGGAUUGGAUUACUGAGCCCUCAACUCACCUAUAUAACCUAUCUCUUGCUACAGGAGCUUUUCCAUCAUGUUUGAAAAUAGCAAAAGUAGGCCUUCAUACGAGAAAAGGAAACAAAGAUGAUAUUUCCAACUACACACCAUUAGCACUUCUGUCUGUUUUCUCAAAAAUAUUAGAAAGGCUCUUUAAUAAGAGACUAACAGACUUCUUAGAGGAUAAUGGUAUUUUAUCAGAAUCUCAACUUGGAUUUCAAGCAAACCGUUCAACUGAUCAGCAGUUCACUCCUUUCUGUUAG